AUGCUGUGUCUUUUGCUGGCAUCAAUACCAGUUGUUGCCUUCCUGGUCACGCUGACAGUGAUAAUCGCUUUGACCAGGCUGGAUGCAGAUCUAUUACUGGCACUGUAUGCUAAAUUUGGGAACCAGCCAGCGAGUCUCAAAGGCAAGGUAGUGUGGAUUACUGGAGCAUCCAGCGGUAUUGGGGAGUACAUAGCUCUGUGUUUGGCUGAAGCUGGGUGCAGGCUAGUGCUGUCUGCUCGCAGGGAACAACUGCUGGAGAAAGUGAAAGAGCGUUGUCUGCUCAUCAGCAAAGGAAAGCUUUCCGAAGAUGAUAUUAUGGUUUUUCCUCUCGAUGUUGUGGAUUAUGAGAGUCACAAACCAGCCGUGCAGAAUGUUCUGGAGAAAUUCAAUAAGAUCGAUAUUCUGAUCAACAAUGCGGGAAAGAGCCAGCGGUCGCCGUGGGUGGAUGUGGAGCUGUGUGUGGACCGGGAACUGUUUGAGAUUAACGUUCUGGGUUCUGUAUCACUGACCCAGCAUGUACUGCCUCAUAUGAUGGAGCGAAAGCAGGGCCACAUUGUCGUCAUGAGUAGCAUUGCUGGGUUAAUUGGAGCCCCACAUUCAAGAUCUUACACAGGAGCAAAACAUGCUCUUCACGGAUAUUUUGACUGCUUGCGGACUGAGAUGAUUGAGCACAAGAUCGAUGUGACCAUCCUUUGUCCGGGUCCCGUGCACAGCAAUCUUUUCAUUGAAGCAGCCACUGGGAAAAAAGGCGAGAUGAUGGGCAAAGCAGACAAUCUAAAGGACAAGAAAAUGAUGACUGAUCGCUGUGCAUACCUGUCAUGUGUUGCCAUUGCUAAUAAACAGUUUGAAGCAUGGAUAACCGAGCACCCAUUUCUCGGCAUUUGCUACAUGAAUCAGUACUCUCCCUUACUGAGCUUUUUAUUUCUGAAAAUUGUAGGUGUCAAGAGGCUGAUGAAAAUGAGGGAGGGCCAGUGA